AUGGAACUAACUUCAAUUACUAAUGAACUUGAACAACAAGCUUCUGAAAAAUUAUGUGAUUUAGCUGAAAAAGUUCAAAAGUUGAACGAUGAUACAGUUCAAUUAAGUCGUGAUUUUGUUAAAAUGAAUGAACUUUAUCAAGUAGCUGUUCAAGAAGUUAAUCAUUUUCAAACAGCAGCUAAUGAAAGAAAUGUAGUAAUGUCUAAUUUACAACCGAAACAAGACACUAUACAGAAAAAAAUCGAGCAAUUGAAGCAAACUCUUGAAGAAAGUCAACAUAUAUCCACUGAUGGUACAUUAACAUGGCGUGUUGAUCAAGUAGCAGAACGAAUGGCUGAUGCUCAAUCGGAACGACAACCAAGUAUUUAUUCGCCAAUGUUUUAUUCGUCACCAACCGGUUAUAAAAUGCGUACACGUUUAUAUUUACAUGGUGAUGGUAAUGCUCGAAGAACUCACAUGUCUUUGUUUUUUUUACUUAUGAAAGGAGAAUAUGAUGCUCUGCUUGUCUGGCCGUUUUCUUACAAAGUAACAUUUUGUCUGUUUGAUCAGACAGGCAACAACCGGCAUAUUAUCGAUUCCUUUCGUCCGGAUGUUAAAUCUAGCUCUUUUCAACGUCCUGUAAACGAUGCUAAUAUAGCUAGUGGUAUUCCAAAAUUUUUUCCACUCCCAAUGAUUCAACAAGAUGACAAUCCUUACGUACGAGAUGAUACACUUUUUAUCAAAAUUAUUGUUGAUCUUAAUGAGACACCAAAAAUGAUAUUGCCAUAUAUGUUAACACUCAAUCCGGGUCUACCAAAUCACGUACAACAAGUUUUAAUUAAUCAAGAAAAAGCCAAACGAGAUCAACAACAGAACAGUCUCAAUGCACUUGCUUCGACUCAAUCAGUGCCUAUGAAUACUUGUGGUUAG